ACUCCUGGAUUGAAGAAGUUAGUUAUGGUGAUGGCGCGGCGCGAAGGGGUGAUGGAGUUGGUUAAAAUAUGGGGAAGAGAGAGAGAUAAACGCCUAUUGCUAUGCCUCACCCAUAAAUAAUUUUUCUCAGUCUUUUACUCUCUCUCCCUGCGUCUGCUCCUAUCCAAUAAUCUCUGCGCUAUCUUCUUCCUUCCUCAUUGCAUCCUCUUCACGCCAACAACCUGCCAAGGACUUUCCCUCUUUUUGUUCUUUCUUUCUUUUUCUCUCCAAUUGGGGCUUCUUGCUCUUCCCUCAUGGCCAGAUUUCUUGUACCUUGAGAUAGUUUUGGACCUUUUGAACCGGAUUUGAAGGCAGACAAUUUGAAUUAUGGAAUCUGGACAUGAGGGUGGAACUUGCAAUGAAUUGAAAGAGAAUCAAAUAGUCAGUUCUCCUAAAGGUAUUGGCUCUUCCUCGUCCUCAUCCUCUUCAAGCAAAGACCUCACUGAUGUAGGUGCUGAUGGCACUCAGUUAGCUUCAGCUAUUAAUGAAGAGGAUUUUGCUACCAGCUUUCAGUCCAGGCUUAAACAACCAAAUGAUGAAUUGAAUAAUGAACUGGCAACAGAAUCUCCUCCAGCGCAGGUGAUGGAGCGAACUGAUGAAGAUGAUAAUGACUCCGCUGAUCCUAAUAGGAUCCCACCUCACGUGUUUGCUAGAACUCAAUCUAAUAAUCCAGCAGAAUGGAGUAUUGCUUCAAACGAAUCCUUGUUUAGCAUUCACAUGGGGAAUAUGAGUUUCACUAGAGAUCAAUUAAGCUGGAUGGGAAAAUCUGGUGAACUUGGUUCAGCCGGUGACAUUCAGUGGUCAGGGCCUUUAAUUGACCUCCCAAGUAUGGAGCCAGCAACACCAACAUCAUAUAAAUCACCUGAGCCUCACAUGAGAACUGGGAGUUUGAACCAGGGGUUAGGAACAACUGAAGCUACAGCGGCUGAACCAGUGAGAGAGGUCAUAAGUGAAAAUGCCAUUGAUCAUACUGAUGAGAAAUUGAAGUUGUCUCUUCCCAAAAAGGAUCCAUGUUCACUUAACCGUGAUUCUAGCACCAAAUCAUUUGCAUUUCCAAUAUUGACAGGGGAUGUUGAAAGAAGUACAUCAUUGAAGGGGAAGAAACGACAACCGUCGCAGCCUGUGUCGCCCAAAGCAUCAGAACCACAGACUCCAGUAGCAACACAGAGCCCUAAAGCAAACAACAAAACUGCAGGUAAGGCUAAAUGGUGUUCAUGCUUCUCUCGUUGCUCAAUGUGCUAAGGAGGGACAUUAGGAGACCCCUGGAUGUAUAUUCUCUGUCCUGAACAGAACUGAGUCCUGUCUGAUAACAGUUCUUUAAUUUUUUCCCCUUAAUUUUGUUUUGUAGCUUUGCAGUUAAUUAAUCUCUUCUCUUGUUGAUUAGCACAUCCCAUCUGAUACAUGCUCUAUUCUUUGCAUUUCACAACAUUAAUGUACACAAAAUUUUGAUCCAA